AUGGCAGGUGUUGACUGUCUUCUUUCGGAGAAAUGCACAUUUCUGGAUUCAAACCUCGCUGUGCGUGCCGCUGACGAAGUGUAUUUCGGUGGACGGCAAGUGUACACCAACGUCUCGCCUUGUACGUCAAGAGGCCAUCCCCGAAAGCACGGUUCCGAAGGUGGAAAGGGUGGCUGUCGUGAACAUGGUCACAAACAUGCACGUGGAAAGGAACUCAUUCCUAAAGGCGACAUGCGCGUAAUGCCCAAAGGUGACUUGUCAGUCGCGAUUCAAUACGCUAAGGACAUAGUGAUGAAGGUGUUAACAGAAGCAAGCCCGUCUCAUGCAAUUGUAUUUGAUGAUAGCCUACAUCAAGAGAUAAAAGCGCUAAGGAAAGAAAAUGAGGAAAUUAGGAAAGAGUUGGCGGAGCUUCGUGACGCUAUCGAAAAAUUUGCCCGAAAGCAGGAAGGACACAUUGAUGACUCUGCUGUGAAAGAAAAUUCUGGCGAUGAAGAUUUUGAUCUUUUUGGCUCAGAUGAUGAGAAUCCCGAGAAGGCGAAGAUUGUUGACGAAAGACUGAAGGCCUACCAUGAGAAGAAGUCGAAAAAGUCUGGACCAAUUGCAAAGUCGUCCGUUAUUUUGGAUGUGAAACCUUGGGAUGAUGAGACAAACCUCGAAGAAAUGGAAAGUCUCGUUCGUGGAAUUGAGAUGGAUGGACUUGUUUGGGGAGGAUCGAAAUUUAUCCCCGUCGGAUAUGGCAUUAAAAAACUGCAAAUCAUCUCCGUGAUCGAAGAUGAUAAAGUUUCGGUGGAUGACCUUGUGGAAAAAAUCACAGGGGAAUUUGAAAGCCAUGUCCAGUCAGUCGACAUCGUUGCAUUUAACAAGAUUUGA